AAGUUUUAUGGUUUUCUUGAUGCAUGGCCGCAAAGAAACGAUGUUGAUUUGUCGCUGAAUCUUUCAAGGACCAGACAAGAUGAGCGCAGUCACAGCUGCGCUGCCGGUGCGGAUCGCAACUGCCACGAGCGCGAGCGGCGGUAUUACAAAUCUCGCCGGGAGCGCCAGUGCAGCGGCCCCAUGGUCGAAGGGAAC